ACCAAAUCGAGAAGAUCGCCUUGAGAAUCACCACAAAAACGCGCUACUCCCACAAGCCUCCAGCCCUUGAAGAUGGCGGCCGCCGUGCUGAGGCAGGUCGCGACUUGCGUUGCCGGCAGAGGAGCGUUUCAAAGUGGCGCUAAGGUCAUGGGGGCGCCCAUCCUGCAUCAGCAGCCGCAUCAGCCGCAGCAGCGGCGGCAGCUGUCCCUGCACGAGUACAUGAGCAUGGAGCUGCUGCAGGAGGCCGGGGUCAAGGUGCCCAAGGGCACGGUGGCCACCUCCGUCGAGGAGGCCUACAAGGUGGCCAAGGGCAUGGGCUCCACAGACCUGGUGGUGAAGGCCCAGGUGCUAGCCGGGGGACGAGGAAAGGGAGUGUUUGAAGGUGGCCUUCGUGGGGGGGUCAAGAUCGUCUACUCGCCCGAGGAAGCGCGGGACCUGGCGAGCCGCAUGCUCGGCAAGAAGCUGUACACGAAGCAGACGGGCGAGAAGGGGCGCAUCUGUAACCACGUGUUCAUCUGCGAGCGCCGUUACCCGCGCCGCGAGUACUACUUCGCCAUCGCACUCGAGAGAGCCUUCCAGGGCCCGGUGAUCAUCGGCAGCUCCCACGGCGGCGUCAACAUCGAGGACGUCGCGGCCGAGAACCCCGACGCCAUCGUCAAGGAGCCCAUCGACAUCAUGGAGGGCAUCAACCACGAGCAGGCCCUGCGGGUGGCUCAGAAGAUCGGCUUCCCCGACGAGCUUUGUAACGACGCGGCCGAGCUCAUGAUGAAGCUGUACGGCGUGUUCAUGAAGUAUGACGCCAGCAUGAUCGAGAUCAACCCCAUGGUGGAGGACUCGUCCGGAGCAGUCAUGUGCAUGGACGCGAAGAUCAACUUUGACGCCAACGCGGCGUACCGUCAGGAGCGCGUCUUCUCGAUGCGCGACUGGAGCCAGGAGGACGCACGUGACGUGCAGGCGGCGCAAGCCAACCUCAACUACAUCGGCCUCGACGGAAACAUCGGCUGCCUGGUGAACGGCGCUGGCCUGGCCAUGGCCACGAUGGACAUCAUCAAGCUGCACGGCGGGCUGCCCGCCAACUUCCUCGACGUGGGUGGCGGGGCCACGGCGCAGCAGGUGACGGAGGCCUUCAAGCUCAUCACCUCCGACUCCAAGGUCCAGGCCAUUCUGGUGAACAUCUUUGGCGGGAUCAUGCGCUGCGACAUCAUCGCUCAGGGCAUCAUCGCCGCGGCGAAGGAGCUCAACCUGCGAGUGCCAAUCGUCGUUCGCUUGCAAGGAACUCAAGUGGACGACGCCAAGGCGAUCAUUGCGGCGAGCAGCCUGAAGAUCCUGGCAUGCGACGACUUGGACGAAGCUGCUAAAAUGGUUGUCAAGCUGUCCGAGAUCGUGUCCAUCGCCAGACAAGCCAAUGUGGAUGUAAAUUUCCAGCUGCCUCUGUAAACCGGACGGCGCGGUUUAACAUUUAAACCUGCCCGGCACAGCUUGUUAAGACAAGCCUCCCCUGACCACUCGUUUGUAUUUAUUUCGCUCUCCGCGAUAAUCCUUUGGGGGUCCUAAGGUGAAACGUAAAACACAUUUCUGCGGUCUGCAAUGGAUUUCAUUAGACGUGGUUUUUCCCCCCCUUCCGGGUGGGUGCUCAAACGGGGAAAUAAAAUCAAACGUAACCACAGGCAAAGUAGCUGCUCUCGCCCCGCACAAGUUAUUGCACGCUCUUGUGAAUUCAGUUUUUUUCUCCCUGCCAAGCCAUGUCAUUCGUGAGUUAGAUACUGUAUGCGCAAGGCUCUCCCCCCCCCCCCAACGUUAAGACACUUUGUUGUGCUUGAAGAGAAUGAACAAUGCCGCUGUGUGUUUGUUUGUGGUGUUGGGCCAAGGUUGUCGCCCCCUUUGAUGGAAAAUGUGACUUGAAACAAGGAAACGUUCAAACCAUAAAGUUGUGGCUCACC